AUGAUAGUUAAUCGGAGAAAGUUUAUCUUGGAACUCUUGGAUGAGUACAAUUGCAGUCAUCUCUCAAUGGUUUCAUCACCUUUGGAUCCUUUAUGCAAAUUGAGUGCAGAUUCUAGAGAAUUGUCAAAGGAUCCAACUUCAUAUCGGAGGAUUUUUGAAAAAUUAAAUUGCUUGACUCAUACUCGACCGAAUCUCUCUUUUGUGGUACAUCAUUUAAGUCAAUUCAUGCAACAACCUCGCACUUCCCAUUUCUCUGCUGCUCUUGGAGUGAUUCGCUAUUUGCGUUUGGAUCCAGUUCAAGGGCUCUUCAUUUCAACAGAUCCCCUACUCACUCUGUUAGCAUUUUGCGACGCUGAUUGGGAUUCUUGUAUAGACUCGCAUCGAUCGAUUAGUGGAUUCUUCAUCACUCUUGGAGGCUCUCCCAUCUCCUGA